CAGUAAGCAGGGGAAUCGAGAGGAUAAAUGCAUAGGUGGCAGCUGUCUGCCCACAGAGCUUUUACUGUCUAUGUACCGUGUACAUUAAAAGGUCGGUCGCGAACGCCCCAGAGUCCUUAAAGCUUGUUAUUAAAAUAAAUUGAACAAGACGGGCAUUAAAAUGCAUGAAAAUGUGAAAAUAAAUUGUGUAUAAGGAGCGGAAUUAGUGACAUAUCUGUGGGUACAUAAUUGGAGAAUUGACAAUUUGGUGCCGAAAAAUUACUACUCAUAUUUUUCGUUAAGAAGAAAAAACGAAGGAAGAACUCGGAUGGGAGAGACGGAUGCACAUACGAACAUGUACAAAGGUCAUAGUUGCAAUGUUUACAUCAAAAGCUCCUUUGAGACGCAUGCGCCCGCCGAUGUCGAAGCUUUUUAGCCCAGGUUUGCAGGUGUAGUGCGAUGGAAUUUUGACGUGUUAGUUUCGCAUCGCGGUUAGAAAAGUAAUACAACUUUUACAAUGAACCCAAUUUUAAAAAUUAUGUACGAUUAAAAUUAUCCUACAAUAAUUGCUCAAUCUAUUUUGUUGGUGUUUGCACUAAACUGGUGUUUGUGAACGGCAGCAUAUAAAAAUAAGCAAUAGUAAAGGGUAUCCUGGAAAUUUUUGGCAAACAUAUACAAGUGCAUAAGAAAAUUUAUAUGUACAAUGUACGUACAUACAUUGAAUAAAAUCAUAACCGUGACUAUUUUAAAUGGCUUUAAUAUUUAAUUAAAUAGCUUUAGUGACCAACGAAACUCUUGUUGUUUAAAUGUUAUUCAAAAUAUUCAUCAAUCUACAGAAGUAUACGCCACUACUUAAGAAUAUAUAAACCUAUGUGUUAUACAUACAGUUAUAUCCUUACACAUGUAUAAUCGAGUGUUCAUACAUGAGUGUUAGUGUCAUCUCAUCUUCCGUGAAAAUUCAGUUGGUAAAAUGUAACUGAUUCAAUUCGAAUUAAAAACUUAAUUUCGUGUACUAGUGGAUUAGAUAAUAGUGGAAAUAAACUAAAUGAAAUAAAAACAUUAAAUAAAUAAAAACCAUGGAGUUGAUGCUACAAUUGCUGCUAGCAAUUCAACUAAUUGGCUUUAAUCUUGGAAGUAAAGACGUACCAAUUCACCAAAUUGAAUCUUUGGUGGGUGAAAAUAUUUACCUUCCCUGUAAUGUAACCACAUAUGAUGGAGACGAGCCCGUACUGGUCUUGUGGUACCGAGACGAUAAGGGUACACCCAUAUACAGCAUUGAUAUUCGUGCGGGAGUAUCCAAGGCUCCUAAAAGAUGGUCUGAUGAGUCUGUCUUCGGAGAUAGGGCUUACUUUAUAUUCGACAAGGAGCCGGGAAAGCUCUCAAUUCAAAACACACAAGCCUCUGACUCGGGAACUUAUAGAUGUCGGGUAGACUUUUUGAAAGCCCAAACUAUAAACAGCCGCGUUAGGUUAAAUGUCAUAUCUCCACCGAAGCAAGUUAUUAUUCGAGAUAGUGCCAAUGCGGAAAGGUCUACGGUGGUGGGACCAUACAGUGAAGGUGAUAUAGUUUCAUUAAAAUGUCAGGUUAUCGGAGGCUACCCUACACCCACAAUCAAUUGGUAUCGUGAUGGCCUAGAAAUUCCUUGUGAAUUAUCCCAUUUGGCCGGGGGAAAGAUCAUUGAGUGUGAAAUCACUCUUCCCUCGUUGGGCAGAGAGGAUCUGAAUUCUAGGCUAACUUGCAGAGCUGUAAGCCAUCCUCGAGCUCCCAUUGUAGAGGCAGUGGUUCAAAUUGACAUGAACUUUGCUCCACUUAAUAUUAGACUACUGGGGGCCCACCAGCCCUUGUCAGCCGGUCGCAGAUAUGACCUCUUGUGCCAAAGCGCCGGCUCUAGACCUCCUGCAGUAAUUACCUGGUGGCAAAAUGGAAUAAGACUCGAAAAAACAACCGAAACUACUUCAAGCGAUGGUAACCAGACAACGAGCACUCUUUCAAUAAGUCUGAGCAAAUCUGAUGCGGGAAAAUAUUUAUCCUGUAAAGCCUAUAAUCAUGCAGUUCCAUCCGAUCCCCUGGAAGAUGGAUGGAAGCUAGACAUUCAAUAUGUUCCUGAAGCCUAUGUGCGUUUGGGGACUUCCCUAGACCCUAGUACUUUGCGAGAGGGAACUGAUGUGUACUUCGACUGUCUAGUAAUGGCUCAUCCAAAUGUCUUUCGCAUUGAAUGGCGUCACAACGACCAACCACUAUACCAUAACAUUUCACAAGGCAUUAUAAUAAGUAAUCACUCAUUGGUUCUGCAAGGUGUUACAAGAGCCACGGCUGGAAACUAUUCCUGUGUGGGAUUCAAUGCUGAAGGCGAAGGAAUCAGUGCUCCAUUUCCUUUAAAUAUUUUGUAUGCUCCCACGUGUGCGCAAAAUCAGAGGAAAGUCUAUGGAAUCGCCAAGCAGGAAGAUGCUAAAGUGAUGUGCACAGUAGAUGCUAAUCCUCGAGAGGUGGAAUUUAGUUGGACUUUUAACAACUCGGCCGAAAGUAUCGAUGUUGCCACAAAUCACAUAAUGCGAUCCGGAACAACAUCAAUUGUGACUUAUACUCCGAUUACUGAGUUGGAUUAUGGAACCCUUUUAUGUCUGUCAUCUAAUAAAAUCGGAAAGCAACGAAUUCCAUGUGUCUUCCAUAUCAUAGCUGCAGGUCGCCCAGAAAAGGUUCAUAAUUGUACGGUUACCAACAUCUCCAUGACAUCAUUAACUGUGACAUGUAGUGAUGGCUUUAACGGGGGAUUGCCCCAAAAUUUCAACAUGGAAUUACAGGACUCUUAUACACAGGAAAUUAAAGCUAACAUUACAUCCACAACUCCGCGAUUUGCGGUUGCAAAUCUCAGCCCAGGCGGCAUUUACAGGAUAUAUAUUUAUGCAUUUAAUACAAAGGGCCGAUCCGAGCCAGCCGUGAUUAAUGCUGCCAUGCUUCGUAUGCCUGAAAAGCAGCUAACGUCGGAACAGACUAAUAACCUACGAGCAGAACUCUUGUUUUCACCCAUGGUAUCAUUAACGGUGGGACUAACCCUGGCUGUGUUGGUUGCAGUUUUGGCCAUUAUCCUGGCACUCCGAAUUCCCUGUUCCGCUACGUCCCGACGUCGUCAGAAGGAACUCUCGAACGAAAAUAUAUCCAGAGAUGAUUCCCCAGGACCCAGCGACAAAAGCUCGGGCAGCAAGGAUGUGGACGAUUGUGAUGAAAAGAAUCCAGAUGUAGUGCCGGAAACUAUUGAACCUGAUGACCAGGCCGAGAGUACCAGAAAACGGCAACAAAUAUCAACUAUAGAUACAAAUCGUAGCCCAAAUAGGGGAAUUUUCGUAAACGAGCAGCAACACUUAACUGCUGCAGAGAUAUCCUUGCGGUCAUCUCAUGGAAUUGGUUAUUGUACCCUGCGAGGUGGAAUGCACGCCCAAGCCCAGAGCUCAGUUGGAGAAAUAUCUAUUAAUGUUACUCCCCAUGUCUAUUCUAAUGCGAUCUCCCAAUGCACCCUGCCCCGACAGUCUUCGCAGAAUGUCUGGCCCAACUACAGCUGCACCAUGACCGGAACGAGGCCCACCUCCACGUUCCAUCAACUGUCCUUCCCCCAGGGCAGAGUCAAUGGCCAUCAGCCACCGCCGCCCCAACCCCUGCCCCUGCACGGACACGCCCCCUCCCCGUCGCUGGCGUCCAACAGCGGAGGCGCCAUCACCGCCACGCCAAAUAUGGCAAUGCCCCCACAGAACCCACAUGGCAGAACCAUUGCCCUGCACCACAUGAACCAAUCCCAGUGCGGCAGAGUCUGCAUCGGAAUCGCUAGCGAUGGAAUCCACGCGGCCGAGCAAAACCUUUCCGACGACGAGGUCACCGUCCAAACUCCUUUAAUGAUAAAACGCGACAGCACCGUAUGACUAUAGAAAUUCCACAGGGUAUUCGACACGCCCCUGUGAUUAGGAUUUAAAUAUUUUCUGUAUUCUGUAUUCUGCAUUUCGAAACUCAAUAGAAUAAUCUUUUUAUACCACUUUAUUAUUGACAACAAUAUUCUGGAGAGAUCAAUUAUUUUCGGCCAAAUAUGAGUGUUAGUUUUUAACGUUGGUAAUUAUAAGUUAUACGAAAUCAAUACUCAAUGAAAUCACUUAUAGGGUUUUAAAUUUUUAAUUACGCGAAAAUGUGGCCAAUGGAAAUACUCUUACUGCAGUUUUUAAACAAAUACCCUAACUAUAUACUGGCAUCAAUUAAUAGACUGAGUUUGAUUUUAAAAUGAUUUCUUUACAAUCCUUAUUUGAAAACUUAAAGAUAAUUCGAAAUGUGUGCGAUAACUGGAUGUUGUUUUGCUAAGUAAAUAUGUGAAAAAAUAUUUAAGAAAAAAAUUAUUGUUAAGGAAAUAUAAUUUCAAAUAUCCGGCGAUUCCAAUUCACUUAUUAGUACAUCCACUUAUUGCUGGGCAACCUUUGUUGUCUAUAGUCUAAUUUGUUUAAUUUUUGUAUUGAAUAAAUGUAAAUUUACACAAAAAUGAGUUUGGUCAAAUUAAAUUUGAUUGAACAGUUGCUCAUUUCGAUAGAUGCCAAGCCAGGUUUUUAAAUGCAUUUGUACAUUUUCUCGAUGGAGAUACAUAGGAUUCCAUUUUAUAAAACUCGCUCAAAUAGCUACUAAUCCAGAGUUACGAAAACGGAAGAUAAUUCCAGGUGUUUUUUCACAACGCAGGCCGGCAUUUAAUUCCGAAAUAUUUAAUUUUAUACUGGUCGAACUUACAUAAUACUUAUAUUUAAAAAUACCAUAUACAUUAGGA